UCCUUUUUCUCUGACGAUUAAGUCGGAGACUUGAUAUAUUUACUAGUUUUUACCCUUUUCCAUUCUUUUCAUCUUGGUUUUCUAAUUUCUUCCCUCACAUUAAAGAAGAAAUUUAUUAUCUGGUUCUCGAUCUGCUUCAGAGAUCAAACAGCAGUGUCAUUAGGGUGCCAAGAUGGUGGCACAGGGAUUCACAGUGGAUUUUAAUAAGCCACUCGUUUUCCAGGUCGGCCAUCUUGGAGAUGCAUACGAGGAGUGGGUUCAUCAGCCAAUUAUCACCAAAGAAAGCCCAAGAUUUUUUGCAAAUGGACUUUUAGAGUUGUUGACUCGGACCCCAUGGUGGGCAAUUCCUUCAGUGUGGGUACCAGUGGUAGGGUGGUUGGUUUCAAUAUCUGCAAACAGAGGGCUUCCUUCUCCUCACUUAGCUGCAACUCUUGUUGCUGGCAUCUUUACUUGGACAUUGCUGGAGUACUCUUUACAUCGUUUUCUUUUUCACAUGAAACCAUCUGGAUAUUGGGGAAACACACUUCACUAUCUUAUUCAUGGUUGUCACCAUAAGCACCCUAUGGAUGGACUAAGGCUUGUCUUUCCCCCUGCUGCUACUGCUAUUCUUCUUGUCCCUCUAUGGAGUCUAGUAAAGGUGUCAGUACCUUUCAACUAUGCCCCUGCCUUUCUAGGAGGAGGUUUGUUGGGUUAUAUCAUGUAUGACUGCACCCAUUACUACUUACACCAUGGGAAACCAUUGAAAGGAGUUUCCCAUUCCCUCAAGAGAUAUCAUAUGGACCACCACUUCAAAGUUCAAGAUAAGGGAUUUGGAAUCACUUCAGACUUUUGGGACAAGAUCUUUGGUACACUACCUCCCAAAUCUAGCAAGAAAAUUGGAUGAAUUAAACUUAAGCUGGAGAAGUUUCUCAUGAGCUGCUACAACUUCUGUUCUUUGAAGUCUAGCUGAAGAAGGGAAAAAUAAUAAUGGCAGUGACUGUCGGAGAAAACUAUAAAUAUGAAAAAUUGCUCUUAAUGUAACUAACCUAACAAGUAUAGUAUAUGUUUUGUUUUCUAUUUCUCUUUUUUUGGGGGGGUCAAAUUUGUAGCCUAUUUUUCUGCUUUUGUUCAUUCCAAUCUAUAAUUUCCCUUACUUUUGGUUUUUAAGUCUUUUAGGAACUCUUGCUCGCGAUGAAAAUACAUUAGGGUGACACUAAAUGCGGUUCACAUUGUAAAGUAGUGUUUCUUCAAGUGUACUAUGAGAAAGAAAUACUUGGACAAUAUGUAGUCUAUUACUUAUCUUAUUGUGAAUGUCUGUUGCUUUUC